AUGCCCAAACCCAGAGUCCUCCACAUCGGCGACCCGAUCAAAUACAACCACGACGUGUACGCGCGCUUUGCUUCACAAUUCGACAUCAUCCGACCCAGCACCGAAGAACGAGCCCGUGAUGCCUUCAAGCAAGCCCUCCAGGAGCGCCGCUGGGGCGACUUUGACGCCAUCUUCCGUCCCUUUUGGAACACGGGCGGCGAAAUGGGCCGCUGGGACGAAGAACUGAUCUCGUUGCUGCCUUCCUCCGUCAAGAUUGUUGCCUCGGCAGGCGCAGGCUACGACUGGGCGGAUGUAGAUGUCUUUGCUAAAUAUGGAAUCCUCUACUGCAACGGCGCCGCGGCCUCCUCGGAAUCCGUCGCCGACAUGGCCCUACUCCUCAUCCUCAGCGUAUUCCGUAACUUGCGGUGGUCACACAGCGCAGCGCACAGCAUCAACGCUACGCAAUUCCUCGACGCGCAUACGAACUCGCCCCUCACGGCGCGGAAUCCCAGUACACAAGUGCUUGGCAUCAUCGGGCUAGGGCAGAUCGGGUACACGAUUGCGCGGAAAGUGCACGCUGCGUUUGGGAUGAAGAUUCUGUAUCAUGAUAUUAUCCGGAAGGAUCGCGGGGUGGAGGAGAAGGUUGGGGCAGAGUACGUGGGUAAGUUGGAGGAGAUGUUGGGGAAGGUGGAUUGUGUGGUUGUGGCGACGCCGUUCGCGGGACGGGUGUUGAUGGAUAGGGAGAUGUUCGGAAAGAUGAAGCAGGGGAGUCGGUUUGUGAAUGUUGCCAGGGGAGGACUUGUGGAUGAGGAGGCGUUGGUAGAGGCUAUUGAGAGUGGGAGGUUGAGUGGUGUGGGGAUGGAUGUGCAUGCUAAUGAGCCGUAUGUGCAUCCGAGGUUGGCGGGUAAUGCGAGGGUUAUGAUGAUGAGCCAUAAUGCGGGAGGCACGGUGGAUACGCACAUUGGGUUUGAGAGGUUGGCGAUGGAGAACAUCGAGGAGUUUUUGGUGAAGGGGAGGGCGUUGACGCCGGUGAAUGCGCAUUUGUUCAAGCAGAGUAAGUUGUAA